AUGAAGCUUAUUAAGUCUAUACCGGACCCCGUGCGACGCACGCUGGUUAAAACCAGUAGUGCCAUCUGCAAGCCGAUAGAGGCCAGGCUCGAGAGUUCGGGAAGAUGGGAGAAUGCUCAAAAGUUCCGCAAACUACAGCAUCAACUUAUUGGGCUUACCGAAGAUCAGUGGCAAUAUAUUUCCGAAUACUUCAGGUGUGAAGAGGUUGUACAUCUGGUAACACAGGCGCACGAGAGAGUGCUAAAUGCUUAUAACGAAAGGAGGCGUCAGUCCCCAGACGGCCUUGCUGAGAUGGACCGUUACAAAAAACAACGGGGGGAUUUGGAGCGGAGUCUUCGAAAAUACAGAGACAACAUCCGAGCCGCUGAAGGAGUGAUGAAUCUCUUAAAGAGAAAAAUGGGACACACACCACUAUACCGCGCUAUGACAUCUCGUCAACGCGAUCUAGACGGGCACCUCAGGGACUGGCUUCAGGGUCGAUGUGCUGCCAACGGGGGAUGUUGUGCUCGGUCAUGUGGCUGCUCUGAGAAGCUACGAGGCACCACGAGUAGCCGAGGGCGUUUUGGUCAUUGUACGCCUUUAUGUGACUGCUGUGCGCGGUAUAAGGGUUACCGGCUUGAGGUCAAAGCUUACCGUUCCAUCUAUCCGGAUGGACUGGUGCCGAGGGAGGUGAAAAAGUACUUGCAUAUGAGACUUCAAUAUGAGGGGCAAUUCAAAUUGAAUCCGAAGGAGACAAAAGAUACGAAUAGUGCACUUCUUAUGGAUGCGUAUGUGUGGGGGCUGCAUCCUGGUAGGAAAGAGGGAAGCGAUGGCCAAGCUGACUAG